CAUAAAGGCAUGGGCUUUUCUUCUGCUGAUGAUGUUAGAGCCGGUUCUUCGUCAGAUUGGAGAAGCAGUGUAUCACUGUGUCAGAGGGAAGACAAGGUAUGGACUGAGGGUGAUGAGGCCGUCUCGCUUGGUGUCUGAGACAGCGGAAACUUCCAGACUCUCUUGUUUCAGUGACGGCGUUUAUUCUAUAGUUGCCACCCUCAUCAUUUUGGACAUAUGUGUGAACAAUGUUCCGACCGCUGCGCAUGUGCAGAUGCACGGAAGUGUGGUAAAUGCUCUAUCCAAUGAUGCACCGGUGUUCCUGUCGUAUGUCGGAACCUUUGUAACUGUUUGUCUUCUAUGGUACCUACACCACACUAUGUUUCGCCAUAUCCGGGCCCAGAACUCCAUUGUUUUGACCUGUAAUAAAAUGGCACUCUUGUUUGCUGGGUACCUGCCGAUCGUGUUUAAGCUGACAGGACAGUUCGGAAAAGAGGUGGGUACGGGUAACUCGUCUCUAGCAGUGCAGGUGAACAGUGCUGUAGUCUUCCUGGCUAGCGUCUGGCUGCUGGCCAUGUGGAUUGUAGCCAGCUGUAAGAAGUCCGAACUUCUCCAUCCUUCGGCCCACAACACAAUGUCCAACGUAUUCAUGAUCACACAUCUGUCUAUAUACCCUGUUACCAGCUUGGUGAUCUUCUGUCUGUGCUUCAUUGUUCCCAUCAAUUCCGACGUGAUCAACUGGGUUCAGAUCGGCAUGAUCGGAGUGUUCAUUCUCAUGAAGCUGUUGCGUAACGUGGCUCAGAAACGUUUGGAAAAGGGCGAGGCAGAAAUCUCCAUGGACAAGAACCAACAACUGUCGGAGAUUCCAACCAAUGCUGGGUCUUUUCGUGCGAUGCAUGAAGGAACUGCAACGACUACAGCAGUGUAAAUACAUUUCAAGGACAAAAGUUACAAAACCAGAAGUUCCGCCUAGGGCCAAAAAUCGAACUUUAAUCUUGUAUUCCCAAGGCCUACCAACAUACGAAAUAUCCUCUCAAUCCAUCCAGCUUGUAUUGAGACACACACAUCACACACACAUACAGACACACACACACACACACAAACACGCAUACGCAUGCACGCACACAAACACACAUACAUACACACACACAUAGAGAAAUGCCAAAAACAAUAUUAAAAGCUCCAUAUUUCAUAUAGGUAACAAAAUGCGAUGGCCGGCUAGUUGGGUAGACUGACUGUGUGUCUAAAUCAAAUCGAAGUCUUAUGCAUGGAGAAAAAUUAAUGCCACAUUUCUAGUGUAAAAUAAAGUCUGUAUGCUCUUUUACACUCACAGAGGUAUAUACGACGCAAGUAUGGACUUGAAUUAUCAAUCUAAUCCCUGUAACACAAACUACGCCAUCUAGUGCUGUAACUGACCCCUCCCCCGCUAGAGGGCGGCGAUUUUGGAUGGGCCACGUGACUACUGUAAUCAGACUAGCUAGUAGCUAGAGGUCAAAGAACUCUGCAAUACACCUGAGUCAGCCUACAGAUGUGCCCUAUGUGGCAAAGACUGUCAUUCUCGUAUAGGACUGUCUACGCUGUAGGGCUGACAUCAAACAGAAUUGUACCAUGGUCAAUAUUGACCGACAGGAGGCCAUGUAGUAGCUAGUCUCUACCAGGCUCCACAUGUCGCUGAAAAAUAGUAAAAAUUUGCCAAAUAGGACAGAAAACACGCCAGAUGAGUUAGAUGGCUGAGGAGUACGUAUAGUUUGCGACCUAUAUUAAAGGU